GGGUGCGGGCAGGGUCACGUGGUGCGAGCGAUGGCUGCUCCCGGGGAGCGAGAAGCGGGCGGCGCGGCCGAGGAGGCGUUUCUCACCUUCUACACGGAGGUGAAACAAAUAGAAAGGAGAGAUUCUGUUUUAACAUCAAAAAACCAGAUUGAGAGGCUUACUAGGCCUGGGGCAUCUUAUUUCAAUCUCAAUCCAUUUGAGGUGUUGCAGUUAGAUCCUGAAGUUACAGAUGAAGAGAUAAAGAAAAGAUUUCGUCAGCUAUCCAUUUUGGUUCAUCCUGACAAAAAUCAAGAUGAUCCUGAAAGAGCACAGAAGGCAUUUGAAGCUGUUGACAAAGCCUACAAGUUGUUGCUGGACCAGGAACAAAAGAAGAGGGCCUUGGAUGUGAUUCAGGCGGGAAAAGAAUAUGUGGAGCACAUUGCAAAAGAGAAAAAGAAACAGUUAAAGAAGGAAGGCAAGCCAACCAAUAUAGAAGAGGAUGAUCCAGAAGUAUUCAAACAAGCAGUAUACAAACAGACAAUGAAGCUCUUUGCAGAACUUGAAAUUAAAAGGAAAGAAAGAGAAGCAAAAGAAAUGCAUGAGAGGAAGCGACAGAGAGAAGAAGAAAUAGAGGCUCAAGAGAAAGCCAAGCGUGAACGAGAGUGGCAGAAAAACUUUGAGGAGAGUCGGGAUGGACGUGUAGACAGCUGGAGGAACUUCCAAACAAAAGCAAAAGGGAAGAAAGAAAAGAAAAACAGGACCUUUUUGAGGCCCCCCAAAGUGAAGAUGGAACAGCGUGAAUGAGUCUGGCUCUUCCAGGCUCCAGUGGACACUCCCGUAUUGCCACAGCUAACCCCUUCUUGCUUUUCCAGUAGGAUCUUUGUUUUCAGUAUGAUCAAAUCUUGGUCAAGUAUUUUCUGUCCUCUGCCCGUUUGCCUGAGGUUCAUGGUGUGAUGUUGAGGGCCAAACCUACUGCUCUUAGAACCCUUGGCUAAUUUAGGAAGAUACCACCAUCGCAUUUACUUGUAGUCCCUGUAAUUUAAUGUUCUGUGUACCAAGGAUUUGCUGUUCAGAUCACCAUCGGGUCUCCAAAAGUGUUCAGCUCCAGAUCAGGUGCUGAAAAUGGGGCCAGGUGACUUCCCUGCUCAUCUAGACCAGUUGUCAAGCUUUCAUCUGCAUCGAUUUUCACUUACCGAUAGUGAGAAUUGAAGCCUGGAACGAAGAUAAGUAGUUGGACUUCACAGUUGAAGUUCGCAACACAACUGCAUGGAGCUGAAAUCAUCCCCUGGCUCUGAUUCACAACUGGGUUCCAGGAUUGCAGAUGAGUGACUGGCCAGUCAGAUUACCAGUUCCAGCUCCAUCUUUGUAAAUAAACAAAUCACACUGAGUACUCUAUUAGUGGCAAUGUUCCGUAUUGUAAAAUAAAUUUUUACCCAAA